GGAUAGUGCGAGAAAAUGGAAGGGCUCGCGUGAACGGUGCUCGACGCGUUGCCCGGUUAAUCAAUGCCCAUUGGGAGAAAGUGGCAGGUGCAGAUGAAAAGUCGAAGCGCUUAGAGGAGAAGAAGAUGCAAGCGCUUGUGAGGUCCACUUUGAGAGCAGUCCAAGCCCAUUGGAAGGAUGCCGUUAAAUAUGUAAAACAAAUGAAACUAGCUCAAGAGAAAGAAGAGCAAGCCCGGAGGGGAAGGAGCAUUUGGACGCGAUCAUUGAGCAUUCUGCGAAAGCAUUGAAGGCUCAAAGGAAUAUGGAUAUUUCUGGUUUGCGCAAUUCAGCAGACAUCGAAGAAUCCCAACACGAGAGCGACACCUCUUUAGAAGAGGAUGCUUUAGCAGAGGAUGGCGAAGAUGAAGAGGAUGGGGAUGACGAAGAUGACGUGGAUGGUGAUGAUCUGGAUGGUAUCGACGAUAUCGACGAUAUCGAUGAUAUCGAUGAUGAUAGUCAAGUCAGUCGCGAUGGUGGUCAAGAUCUCGAAGAUGAAUUGGUUAUGGUCGAGGGGGGAUCCACUCCCAAUUGGGAUGUGGAAACGCGAUCCGAAGCCGAGAUGGAAGAUAUCAACUUGCUUGAUCGUACUUCGCCUCGGACCGAAACUCACCUGCAUGCUCUUGACAGCCGGGACUCUUCACUUCCCCCUACAAGUUUUGAAGAUGGCCGUUCUCUCAGCUCAGAAGCCGAGCCUCCGUCGCUGUCUAGGCGUGUCUCCUUUGCUGAUCAGGUGUUUAGCACAGAGAAAAUCUAUUCCCCUCCAGUUUCCGGAGCAGAAGGGAGCCGGAAUGGCCACAUACGUGAUGAUGAGGAUUGCCUAAAUGAUAAUUUCAAAGAUAAUUCGGAUGUUGAAUCGACACCACCGGUUGAAAUCACAUCCUCGCCGGGCCCACGCCUAAACGGAACGGCGACUAGCUGUAGGUUGCUUCCAUCUGCUGGUGCUGGGGACGACGAUUUCCUUGGGGACUCCAAAGGUGAUCCUGAGGAUUUGGAGUUGGCAGCCCAAAUGGAAGCAGAGGGAAGUGACUCAGAUGAUGGCGAAUUGAAUGCGCUGGAACACGAUGCCGAACUGCCUUUGGAGGAACUCCUCGCGCAAUAUGGCUAUGUCCCAAAUGCCGAGAACAUCGAAGACGAAAUCUCGGUAGCUGGUGACGAGAUGGAUGUGGAUGCCACACCGAUCAAUGGCAAUCACGGUGGAGAUGGUAUGGACAUGUCUGAGCAUGAUGAGUCUCGGGACUAUCAAUCGGAUGUGGUCGAGGAUGGGAAGCGGCCCUUGUCCCCUGUUCCCCAUGCUUCGCCCGCUGCUAUUGAGGAUGACGACGCAAAUAGGUCUUCCGAUCCGUUGCCAAUGGUUAAUGGUGAGAAGGAUAUGUCCGCAGCCGCCCCCAGCCGUCCGACUCCUCAACUUUCUGAUGAGGCGGAACCUGAUAGUGAUCGCGAGUCAUCCGUUGAAGAUAUUCCAUCCCUCUCUCAGCUCGUGAGCCGCAAUGCAUCUGAUGAAACCCUCAAAGCACCCUUCCUUUUGCGUGGAAAACUCCGUCCUUAUCAGCAUGCAGGGCUUGAAUGGCUAGUCACUCUUUAUCGCAAUGGUGAUAACGGCAUUCUAGCGGACGAGAUGGGUCUAGGGAAAACCAUUCAAACUAUCGCUCUAUUAGGUUGGCUGGCGUGCGAAAGAGGCAUUUGGGGUCCCCAUUUGAUAAUAGUGCCCACCAGUGUCUUGAAGAACUGGGAAAUGGAAUUUAAGAAGUUUCUUCCCGGGUUCAAAAUUCUGUCGUACUACGGAACAACCAAGGAACGAAAAGAAAGGAGGCAUGGAUGGAAGGCCCAGCAUGCCUUCAAUGUCUGCAUCACAUCCUACCAACUCAUUCUUGCUGAUCAGCACAUCUUCCGGCGUAUGCCUUGGGUUUACAUGAUUCUUGAUGAGGCCCACAACAUCAAGAACUUUAAAUCUCAACGCUGGCAGGAUCUCUUUACGUUUCGUUCGGAACGGCGAUUGCUGUUGACUGGCACCCCGCUACAGAACAAUUUAAUGGAACUUUGGGCACUCAUGCAUUUCUUGAACCCGAUCGAGACCGUCGGUUAUCGUUCUGACUUCGCUGACUGGUUUUCUAAGCCAAUGGAUCGAGCUCUUGAAGAGGGGAGUGCGAUGGAUAUCGAAAACCAAGAACGUGUCAAUAAGCUUCACACAAUGCUCCGGCCAUAUCUCCUACGUCGAAUGAAGGUUGAUGUUGAAAAGGAACUUCCGGCAAAGUACGAGCAUGUGAUGUACUGCAAACUCUCCAAGCGACAGCGAUAUUUGUAUGACGAGUUCAUGUCGCGGGCGGAAACGAAAGAGGUACUGGCGUCGGGUAAUUUCUUAAGCGUUGUAAAUUGUCUCAUGCAACUGCGCAAAGUUUGCAAUCAUCCUGAUUUAUUUGAAGUUCGACCUAUUGUUACCUCCUUUGCCAUGACGAAGUCCGCCAUCGCAGAUUUCGAGAUAAAAGAGUUGCUUGUUCGGAGGAGGCUCCUUACAACAGAUCUUCUCGACAGCAGACAUUCAGUUCUCCAUUACCUCACUUCCUACGAGGACACAUCCGUUGUCGCCUACCUGUCACGUCGAAUGCUCGACGCAACAUUUCAUUUACCGUACCAAGGGGAACAACUAGGAGACCCUCCCCCUGUUGAUCUUCGGACCAUUGAAGGAUAUCGCCGCUCUCACCAGUACUAUGAAAAUGAAUCUAAGCGCCUCAGAUGGAAGCAUAUUGCCUACAUUAAUAGAGUCCGUUGCUCUGCGCGUCCGGUGUAUGGUCGAGAGAAACUGGAUUGCGUACAGGCCAUGCUUCGUCCCAUCGUGCCUUUUGACAGUUCGUGGGAAGUAUCCCGCCAAACUUGGGAUCGCCCUACUUUGGUCCCAAGCAUGGUGAAGUCCCACGUGCAGCGUGCAGAGGCGAUGCGGCCAAUUAUUGACCGCUUUGCAUGCACAACCCCUCCAGUGGUGGUUCAGGACCUACCUUCAAUCGCAUUACGACGUGUGGAGAAACAGGUGUCAGCCUUGCGAUCUGGCUUGGAAUUUGAUACAUUACAUUUUGCCGCGGUGAAGCUCCAAAUUGCGUUCCCAGAUCCAUCUCUCCUCCAGUACGAUUGCGGAAAGCUGCAGGAGUUGGAUAUCUUAUUGAAAGAGAGGAAGAAAGGUGGUCAUAGAGUGCUCAUCUUCACACAGAUGACGCGGGUUCUGGAUAUCUUAGAGAUCUUCCUUAGUUUUCAUGGAUAUCGUUAUCUUCGACUAGAUGGUUCAACGAAGAUUGAAGAUAGACAGAGGAUCACACAACGGUUUAACGUGGACACGCGCAUCCUGGCGUUCAUUUCGUCUUCCCGCUCAGGAGGCGUUGGUAUUAACCUGACAGGGGCAGACACUGUUAUAUUUUAUGAUUCGGAUUAUAAUCCAUCUAUGGACCGCCAAUGCGAGGAUCGUGCUCACCGCAUUGGUCAAGUCCGGGACGUUCACAUCUAUCGUUUCAUCUCAAAACAUACAGUUGAAGAAAGCAUGUUGCGAAAAGCCGAUCAAAAGCGAUCAUUAGAUGACAUGGUCAUUCGUCAAGGCGACUUCGACUGGCGGAAAGUCAUGGUUUCCGAUAUGCAGAUGGUGCAAGCUCUGGAGCAGGUCGAAGAAGCCGAAGAUGCUCAGGCCGCGCGGAAUGCUGCGGCAGAAAUGAGCCUGGACACCGUAGGCGAACAGCGAGACUUUGGGGAAACCGAUGGCACCAGACCAUCUCUGAAUGAGGCUGGCGAUGAGGCCGAUCAAGACGAGGGAGUUGAGGAUGAGCUUGAGGGUCUUUCUGGGGUGGAGAGAUACAUGAUUCGCUUCGUUGAACGCGAUUGGGCAUUCUUUUCAGAGUGGAGGGUGAAAUAAACUUUACUUGAAUAACUCGGAUUGUAGUUGCAUUCUUGUUACAUUAUUGUGCUCAUAAUAUCUUGAUUCAAUUUCGCAAACGGCCAUGAAACAUUUGCUCUGAGUACGAGUCUGUUAAAGGCAGAAAGGGUUAUGAAUGAAGCCAUUUCGUAGGAAGGGCACCAUUCUGUGGGCUCAAAAGUGUCGCAAUAUUACUGCCAUUG